UCUCUCCGCUGCCUAAGGGCCCCUCACCACCGCCACCAUGGACGCCAUCAAGAAGAAGAUGCAGAUGCUGAAGCUCAACAAAGAGAACACGUUGGAUCGACCAGAGCAGGCGGAGGCUGACAAGAAGGCAGCGGAAGACCGGAGCAAGCAGCUGGAAGAUGAGCUGGUGUCACUGCAAAAGAAACUCAAGGGCACUGAAGAUGAACUCGACAAAUACUCUGAGGCUCUCAAAGAUGCCCAGGAGAAGCUGGAGCUGGCGGAGAAAAAGGCCACAGAUGUAGCAUCUCUGAACAGACGCAUCCAGCUAGUUGAGGAGGAGUUGGAUCGUGCUCAGGAGCGUCUGGCCACAGCUCUGCAGAAGCUGGAGGAGGCUGAGAAGGCCACAGAUGAGAGUGAGAGGGGCAUGAAAGUCAUUGAAAGCCGAGCCCAAAAGGAUGAAGAAAAGAUGGAAAUUCAGGAGAUCCAGCUGAAAGAGGCCAAGCACAUUGCUGAAGAUGCUGACCGCAAAUAUGAAGAGGUGGCCCGUAAGCUGGUCAUCAUUGAAAGUGACCUGGAACGUGCAGAGGAGCGGGCUGAGCUCUCGGAAGGCCAAGUCCGACAGCUGGAAGAACAAUUAAGAAUAAUGGAUCAGACCUUGAAAGCAUUAAUGGCUGCAGAGGAUAAGUACUCGCAGAAGGAAGACAAAUAUGAGGAGGAGAUCAAGGUUCUUUCUGACAAGCUGAAAGAGGCUGAGACUCAGGCUGAGUUUGCAGAGAGAUCAGUAACUAAGUUGGAGAAAAGCAUCGAUGACUUAGAAGAGAAAGUGGCUCAUGCCAAAGAAGAAAACCUUAGUAUGCACCAGAUGCUGGACCAGACCUUGCUGGAGCUAAACAACAUGUGAAAACCUCCUUAGCUGCGGCCACACUCUUUCAUUUCUCUCUCCUUGUUUUAUUUUGUUUUUAAACACCUGCUUCCCAGGGAA